AUGUACAUAGUUUCUGUUACGGUACAAUUUAGAAUUUUAUAACUAGAAUAGACUUCUAAAUCUAGAUCAGAUGAUCUAAACUAGUAAAUUAUGAAUGUUUUUGCGCUACGAGUUUUUAAUGAUAUACUGCGAGGCUAAUAUCUAGAUCUAGUAAUAAAGUAACCAAUCGCCUUUUUUUUUCGUUUUAUUGUCUGCAGGCCUGCUCUUAAUAUCAAAUAUGUCGCCAUUGUUGUUUUCUUAAAAAAAUUAAGAUAAAGAAAGUAAGCUAAUUAGAUCUAGAUCUAGAAUCUGGAUUUAAACCUGUAGAUCUAGACUAGAUCUAUUUAAUUUAUUUCUAGAUCUUCAUUCUAUCAACGCAACACAGCUUUAGCCAUAUGUUCCCCAUCAGAGAUAAUACGUUUUUUAAACUUAUAUUAACACUGAUGUGGUUGACAAAAUAGUAAAAAAAUAUUGCCAAGAAACCACAAAUGUACUACACAGGCUUGUCACCAAAUAGUGGUCCAAAUGUAUCAGGUCAAACUGUUGAGAAACAAGGCAUUUAUGUACCAGCUCCAAGUCCAUUUGCUCCUUCAGGAUUUCCACCCAGCCAACAAGUACUUCCUCCAGGACUAGCACCUCGUUUCGCUGCUGCCCCACAAGCCUAUGCAGUGGUAUCUAAUGCAGGCCCAACAGCUUACACUAUCUCACCAGCCUACCAUUCUAUACCAUACACCAGCUUGCAAGGUAUCCCUACUUCCACCCAUGCCUACAUAUCUGCUGCUCAGUAUCCUGGAAUGACUUACCAGGCAGCUUUGGGUCCCAGAACAGCCCCACCAUCUCAUUACCCACUUCAGGCUGGGGCACCUCUUAUAGCUGCUAGCUAUUCACCCAUGCCAGGCCAACUACCUGCCCCUGCUGCUAGACCUUUCCCUGUCAGCCACAUGACUGCCUAUCCUCCAGGUUACCCACUUCCAGCAGGCACUGCUCCUAUUCCCUAUCAUGGAGCAGCUACUUAUGGGCCACCAUUUUAGCAAAAUGAGCUUUGGGUUGGGGAAAAGAUACGAGACCAAUAUUUUUUUCUCAAAGACAGCUGUGUAGGCUACUUAUUUAGUAUUUAAUUUCUUUAUUGCUCAUUAUGAUUGGAUUCAUAAUGUGUUCUAGAAUUUACUAAUUUAUUGUACCCAUCUAAAUUUAAAAUUUGUAUUUUCUUUGUGGAAUAUAUAUAUAUAUACAUUAAUUUAAACUUUUGGAAAUUAUUUGCAAAGCUAGCUUAUUUAUAAAUAACAUGACAUAAUAAUCAAUACGUACUGAAAAUUAAAAUACAAUGUCCAUAAUAACAGCUGUUAAAACCAACUCAUGGUGAUGGUACUUUUCUUUGAUCCUUUAUUGUGGCUGUUACCUCCAUUUGUCUGUUAUAUCAUGCAUAUGAAAUAAAGGAGCAACGUUUUUCUUCAUUGCCUUGUAUCAACAUUCCCUCGAUUUAGUUUCACAAUAUGUUGAACUCUCUCUUUAACCUCUACCCAAUUUAUUGCCCUAAGAAUGACAUGAAAUUAUUUAUCUUUAGACAUAACUGUAACUUACAUUAUUUGUUUCGUUUGACCUAAAAUAUCUUUACAAGUUAUAGUUAAUAAUACAAUAGACUUGGAAUCGAAAGUUACGCUGUUUCUGUUAAAUUUAUUGUAUUAUUGUUGUAAAAGUAUUAAAUUUGCAACUAGGGUAGGCCAAUAAACAAUCCAUAACCUGAAUGCAUGUUUAGGGGCUGGUAAUUAGUAUAGAUAGCUACAGCUAAUGAUUAAUGAUGAAAAUAAGGACACAUUAUGCUUAGUUCUUGUUCAAAUUUCCAGCAACAAUAAAAUAUUGUGCAAUAAAAGGGAUGUGAUUAGUGUUAAGAAACCACUUAGCAUUUGUUUAACAACUUUCACAAGUCCAUGAUUUCUAGCUGUUUUUUUUAAAGCAUUUAUAGCCGACUUCCAAGCUUGUCCUUGUUGUCUAUCACUAUUGUGGUAUUGUGAUGAAUUGGUCCUAACUGUUCAAAUGUAGCUAAAUUUCUCUUUUGAAAAAUGUAUUUAUUGUGACUUUGUUGAUAUUGUUUUGGUAUUUGUACUAGUGGGUGUGAGUGCUAUCAUGUUAGAACAAUUUGACUUUUGUUGUGAGUUAUAGAACAUAAAUGGAUGCAAACUGGGAGCUUUUGCUCAUUUAGAGGUGCUUCAUAUACAUUCAAUUUUUAAGUUUCUGAAAUGCUACAGAUCAAAUUUGAAUCUUCAGAAACUACUAGCAAAAUGUUUCUAUUCUCUUUAUAUAAUUAUUGUAACAGAAUAUGACUUGCUAUGAGCAUUCUCAGACAAUAAACUAUAUUUACCAUUUACUUUUUACUGUUGCUUUUAAGUUGAAAUAGAAUUUUUUUUUUUUUGAUUCAGUUUAUAAUUUAUUAGAAACAUGAUCUCCACAUUUUCUCUCUAUAUAUAAAGAUACAAUUCACAUGGUUGUGGGUUACAGAAUUGAUUUUAAGAGAACAGUGACAGCAUGAAUUUUUAGCACCUGACUCUUUAGUUCUAUAUUACUAUAUACAAAUACUUUUUAAGACUUUAUAUUCUUGAUACUCUAUAGUUGGCUGUACUCAGCAUAGCAAGGUGGUGUGAGUGUUGUUUAAAGUACAUUUUUAUAAAUUAUAGUAUGGCAUUUUCUUGCCUGUUUGCGUUUGUUAAAGAAAAGGGUUCAUAACCUUAUUUAAUAAUUAAACAAAUCAAAGCUU